UUGAAAAUAACCCGAAUGAAAUUGCAUAGGUGAUAGGUCAUCCGGGUGAAACCAAACAUCUGUUGAGGUUGCUUUCUAUUUUUCAGAUAAAUUUUUAGUUGACAUUUCUGAUUGAGGGGAAAAAAAAGAUAAAUAAGGGGAUCACAAUGGCACAUGCAAGCACCUCUUGGAUCUAUUUAUGUAGCUCAGUUAACCAGAAGACCAGGCUCUGCCAUAAGAGUCUCCUUUGACAUUUAUCAUAAGAGAGAUAUAGAAAUUUCUUCUGCAACAUUUCUCAACCAUUCAUCUCCAAGAAGAAGCAGGAGUGCUUUUCUGAAAAUGUCAUUAUUGUCGAAGUUACGCUGCAUAACUGUAGAUGUAACUGGCACACUUAUAGCUUACAAAGGGGAACUUGGUGACUACUAUUGCAUGGCAGCCAAAGCUGUUGGUUUGCCUUGUCCAGAUUACAAGCGCAUGCAUGAAGCCUUCAAAGCUGCAUACACUGCCAUGGCAAAAAGAUAUCCUUGUUUUGGUUAUGCAGCAAAAAUGCCAAACAUUGUGUGGUGGAGAUCAUGUGUCAAGGACUCCUUUAUCAGGGCAGGAUAUGAUUAUGAUGACGAAACAUUUGAGAAGGUGUUCAGACGGAUAUACUCAACUUUCGGAUCGUCUGCACCAUAUUCCAUCUUCCAGGACUCCCAGCCAUUCCUGAGAUGGGCACGUGAAGAAGGGAUUGUUGUUGGGAUUGUCAGCAAUGCUGAAUAUCGAUAUCAGGAUGUCAUCCUUCCUGCGUUAGGUCUGAACGAGGGAUCCGAGUGGGACUUUGGUGUGUUUUCUGGUCUUGAAGGUGUGGAAAAGCCAGACCCGAGAAUCUAUGAGAUUGCCCUGGAAAAAGCUGGAAAAAUGGCACCAGAAGACACCUUGCACAUUGGUGACAGCAUGCGCAAGGACUACCUUCCAGCAAAGAGUGUUGGAGUGCAUGCCUUGCUGUUGGAUAGAUUUAAGUCAACUGAUGCUAUCAGUUGGAGGAAAUCUGGUGCGGUUGUGCUUCCUGACCUAUUGGCUGCACAAGCUUGGCUUUUGUCUGAGGAGACGCCUCAUUGAGGAGCUCCUUCCUUUCCCUAAGAUGUAUAUCUUUGAAGGAUGAACUGAUGAUUAUAAAUACUAGUCGGUGGCUUGCUCCAAAAUUUUCACAAAAAUUGACCUUAAAUAGCAAUUCUCUAUCUCCAUAUACAAAGUCUGGCAAAGUUUGCUCAUGGUUUUGGUUUUACCUAACUUUGUAUUUAUUUUAUUUUUUUCAGUUUCUAUUUUCUGUAUUUUGUAUUGGGAGCUUGCCUUUUUUACUUUCUCAUUCAAUACAUAAGAAAGACAUCUUA